AUAUGCUAAUGUCGCUGGAUGGGUUCCAUCUCUCAUUGUGCCGCAGUGUUUCUGAGGUGAGCAUUCGACGAAAGGCCCCUUAACUUGUAACGAUAAAACAAACAUCCGCUCACACAAGAAAGUUUAUCGCGAUUCUCAUUAGCUUUGGUGAGAAUGGCUUGUAGCAUCAUCUCUACAUUUCUUCUCUUUGCUCUUGCAAGAGUGACGCUGGAAGGGGUUGAAAGCAGAGGAAUUUCGUUCAAAUGUGCCAGCGGUAUGUUUCAAUGCCAUAAUCAACGCUGUAUUCAAAGUAGCUGGAGAUGUGACGACCGGGACGACUGCGGAGACAACUCAGACGAGAAAAAUUGUACUAGGAUGACCUGCGACCCAUCUCAACACACUUGUAACAAUGGCCAAUGCAUUAAAGCAUCCUGGCUUUGCGACGGAGCCAGCGAUUGCCAGGACAACAGUGACGAAAUGAACUGUCCUUCCCGCAGCCCUCACACUUGCGCCUGGUCGGAAUUCACGUGCGCGAACGGCGCAUGUGUGCCAGAUUCAUUCAAAUGUGACGGCGAAAAUGAUUGCGCAGACGGCAGUGAUGAGAAGAAUUGUGCGCACACGUGCUCUGCAACCGAAUUCCGCUGUAAUAACGGGCGCUGCAUCACCAGAGCCUUUCGAUGUGAUGGCGAAGAUGAUUGCCUUGACAACAGCGAUGAGCAAGGGUGCUCCCGCAAAGUUUGCCGGGAUGAUCAGUUCCAGUGCGGCACCAGUAGAAAAUGUAUCCGAAAGAGCAAGAUCUGCGACGGAAAAUCAGAUUGUUCAGGAGGAGAAGACGAAAAGAACUGUGUGAAACCCCAAAUGCCCCCACCGACCCCUCCCUUGAAGCCAAAGUGCAGGAUUAGCCAACGACGAUGUGAUAACGGUAGUGGUUGUGUGGACAGAAUGAAAAUUUGUGAUGGGAUGCGAGACUGCGCUGAUGGCAGCGAUGAAAGAGGAUGCGGUACAGUCAGCUGCACGCAUUUCGAGUUCUCUUGUAAAAACCAGGCCUGCAUUCCGAUGGUCCAGCGGUGCGAUGGUGUGGACAACUGCGGGGAUAACAGUGAUGAGAUGUCUUGUUCUAGCGAUAAGAUUUGCGAUCUGUCAUUGAAUCACAAGUGCAGGAAUGGUCGUUGCGUGGUGAAGGGCUGGGUUUGUGAUGGCUUUGAUGACUGCGGAGAUAACAGUGAUGAGGAGAAGUGUUAGAACAAACCAAAGCUGUGAAAGCAUCUGUGAGGAUAAAGAAAAGAUAUUAGAUAGCAAGCGGAAGAGGAGAUUGAAAAUUACUCAUUUUCGAGAUGCGCCUCAUUUAAAUAGGAUGCUACCAUUAAUAUACACCUUAUAAACAGUACAGAGCUAUCAGAACUAAAAUGAUUGUAGAAGUUGGUGCCACUUUACUCAUUUAGAAUAGUCUUUACCGACCUUUUUGUCGGGUUCAUGUGACAGUAAUGACAUGGACACUGCGCCACGAAGCCAUUCGGAACCAUACGCAGUAACCGCUAUAGGGACUAGGGGGUCCGUGCCUCCCCCAAUUUUUUUUCCAAAAUUACAAGGAAUUCAAGUAGGGUCGUGACUGUGCCCCAUUAGUAUCUUAACGUCCCUUGAUUAUACCCGCCAGUCUACCUUCGUCUGUUACGGCCCUGAUAGCGUGCGUCAAAUAUAAACGUUUUAAAAUAGCCAUUUUUAUUGGGUUUGCAAUUAGGACUAAAGAAAAAAAAAAUAGCUUACAUGUGAUAUCAUUCUUGAUUGCUUUACCUGUGACUUCAUUUUAUCAAUAUAUAUAUUAUUAAUAUUUUUGAUCAAUAUAUUUUUUAAUAAGUGCUGGAAUGGAUUUAAGCGUUCGUUAUACUAGUUCACGUAGCUGUAAUAGUAAUUGCUGAAUUCCGACAGCUGAAAACAGCAGCUAGCGCUCCGCCUGAUCCCCGAUGCUAAUAAACUGAGCGUCACUUUACCCCGUCGCUGUGUCGCGCGCCUGACUGCGCAAAACUCGAUGAGUUCAAUAGAAGCACUUGUAACAUGAUGCUACUCCAGAACGGUUGACAAGUGAGUGUGAAAGUAUCAAUGAAAAAUAUUAAACAAAGCAAGUCGA